AUGAUCCAACAAUUGCGUACAAUAAAAAUGAAGCGAUUAACGGCAAUCACAUGCGCGGUAAUAUUGCUGUUGAAGCUUAAGGGUUUCGACUGCGCCGACAACACGACUUUGCCUGCGCCUGUACUCCUAUUACCAGCCACCAGGUAUCCACCGUCGACUUCUUCCGAUAGUCGCACGUACGGUGGCCUGUCCCCGUCCGAACUGGCCCUGUUGUGUUCCACAAAUCUGGCGCAAACCGAGCGCGUGCACGCCAUCGUGUUGCUGAUAAACGCUCUGAAGACGUCACCCUUUUUGUUGUCCUUUUUACCGCCCCCGAAGGUCAACUACAUUUUGAACGAAUUGGCCACUAGACCGUCGCUGUUGAACUCCAUCGCACCACUGAACAUGGUGUGUCUGAUCGACACUCUGUGCGCGUUCCCGUGUCUGACGAAAGUCGUACCCGACCGCACGGUUUGUGAUUUGAUAACCGCCGUCGUGCUGAGCCCGAAAAUCGUGGAAGAGUUGCGUCCGUCCACGGUCGUCUGUCUGUUGGGCAAGGUGUCACCGACUGCGCUGUGCGCGUUGUCGCCCGCCGUCAGGGCUGCUCUGGUCCGUCUCGUGCUGUCGCCGACCGCGUUUGGCACUCUGACACCGGCGGAAAUCUCGAUCAUCGUCGACGUAUUCGUGAGAGCAGAAUGUGCGUUAGUCGGAUCGACGGCGCCCGCCGACUUCCUCGAAUUUCUGAACACUAUAGUGCUAUCGCCGACCUUCGCCAACAACGUAUCGGCCACGCGAGCGGUCGACUUGCUGUGCCUGUUAUCCAGGACUGCCCCUGCACUGAUUGAUGGCGUUCCACAAGACGUCGUCGACGCCCUGCUGUCAUCCUUCGCCGCGUCUGCCCACCGAUUGCCGGCCGCAACUCUCGCCCGCUUGAUGGCCGUCUUGACCAGUUCGCCGUUCUCACUGAGCUCGUUAGACCCGGCCACGGUCGCUCUGCUGCUGACCGCGUUUUCGCCGGCCAACGUGCUGUUAACCGUCCCGCCAACCGUGCUCGUCCAACUGCUGAUCGACCUGUCGCAUGCGGUGGCCGUUUCCCAGGACGCGAUCAUCGGGCUGCUCUACGGCAUCGCGUGCACGUUGCCCCGUCUGAUGUGCGACGUACCUCCAUGCGUCCGGUCAGCGUACGCGAUCCGAUUGACAUCGCCCGAGGUGACCGACACUUUGUCGAUCGAGACAAGCGUGAAGUUGAUUGGCGUCCUGUGCAAAAACCAGUGCUUUCUUGCAGAACUAAACACCAGUCCUGUCAACCUAACAGUGACCUUCGUGUUGUCCAACGAUACGCUUUUAAACGCCAUUCCACCGUCGGAAAUUAUCGAUUUCGUUCACGCCAUAGCCGGCACCGGCUAUGUGCUGCGAGAGAUUCCGCCCGAAAACAUUCAGAAACUGUUGUCGUUCCUGAAUUCAGUGUCCUCAUUGAGGGCGUUAGACUCCGUUCACUAUUCCAGAUUGCUGUCCUGUAUGGCCUGUUCCCCGUACCUGACGUCCUCGCUGUCCAGUACUCAGCUGGUAAACGUACUCAGUACGCUUACUUCGGUUUCCGGCGCGUUACAAGCAAUUCCGAGCAGAGUUUACAUGGACUUACUAACGCAGUUUUUCACGACACACGAAAUGUUGUCCAAUAUCCCGUUUGCGACGCUUUUGGACUUGCUGACACUAAUUGAAAACCAAACGUCGGGCGGUGUGUUCUGCGCAUUACCACCCAGUGUGAUAAGCUCGUUCACCGAUUUCUUGGGAGAGAACAACUCUUCGAUUAUCACUUCGUUACCACCCGCCGACUUGACGACUUUGGUGGGCUUGCUAACCAAAGACCGUUGCUUCUUAGCUCAUCUGUCCGUGGAAAACUUGAAUGUUCUGUUGACAGCGAUUACCGCAUCCCCAUUCGCUGUACCGUUAGAAGUAAAAAUCAAACUGAUCGUUGCCAUUAAUUUACUGUCGCCGUCCUUGUUGUGUUCCAUGCCACCGGAGUCUAUCGGCAACAUAUGCAAAUCGUUAGGUUCGUUCGAUGUGCUUCGCGGCCUGAGCACUCCGUGUCUGGGUGAACUGUUGGCCGCUAUCUCAACUUGUCCGUGUCUGAUAUCUGCUUUCGACCACGAGACGAUACAAGACCUUUUAGAAUAUCUGUCGACGUCGCAGAAUGCACUGAGUGACCUGGAACCCGGUGAUGUGACCAACUUAGUGAUUUCAAUAUCAUUUAACGAACCGCUCAGAACGUUCGUGCCAGUGGGUUGCUUCAUGCGGUUUUUACUGGCGGUAAACGAAGUCACACCGAACUCGAUACCGACGACCGCAGCAGUGGCGCUGUUGAAGUCACUGACAUCCUCAGAACGAGGGAUCGACGGGCUGACAUUGACAGACCUGGUAAACCUCGCAGACCUGUUGGCCGCGGACCGCGCGCUGCUAGCAGCGUUGUCGCCGACUGUGUUGGUCAACUUACUGACGACGUUGACGAGCCGGUUCGCCGGGUUGUCACGCGAGAAAAUCAUUCACCUGUUGGCGGCCGCGCACUUGGCGUCGCCGUGUCUGCUGUGUGCUGUACCGAAAGCCGUGCUGGCCAAUCUGCUUGAGUUGAUAUUUACUCGGUCGGAGAUCGGAUGUCUCCCAUCCGAGUGCCUGGCUGCGUUCGUCACCGCCCUGUCCACGUCUCCGCGCUUGAUGGACGCCAUGACGUCCACCACGCUUGAAUGCUUGCUGGGCCUGCUGUCAUCGCAGCCAACACUAAUGGCCGAAGUCUUGCCGCCUCACACGCUCGCUGACCUCUGCACGAUCCUGGCACUGACGCCUUCUGCGCUGCAACAGGUCGACGUGUCUAUCAUCAUUUCGUUGCUGGCUGCGGCUGGCCCUAAGUCAAUUUGUGCUGUACCACCCAUGGCCUUGUACAUUCUUCUGACACCGCUGUCUAACGCCAAAACCGUUUACGAGCUCCAACUCACCGUGAUAGCUUCGUUACUACGCAUCGCCGCCAGCACCGUGCGUCCUCGACGCAUUAACCGGCCCCACGCUUAACACGGUCGUGGUGAAGGCAGCGUCGUCACCGCAUCUGAUCCAGCAUUUGCCACCAGGCCUUUUACUGUCCUUCUUAGUGGCGGUCGGGUCUUCGCGGCCCGCACUCGAAUCCCUCCGACCUACCACCCUCGUCCACCUGAUCACGUCCAUUGCCGAGGCACAACCAGGCGUCCUCACGCAUUCGCGUCUCUACCACCACCCGCCCUCAACGGUCUUAUCGACGUGCUCGUCAAGUUCCCUAACCUAUUCGCCGCCCUGCCGCUGUUCGUCCUCAACGAACUGCUUCGAUUAUUCGUGUCCACCCCCGCCAUUCUCGGUUCCAUUCUAUCAUGCACGCUGAUCAAGUUCCUGGCCGUGCUGUCCUCGAUGCCACCCCUUCUCCAGGCGCUACCACCUUCCACGCUCGUCACUUUUAUAGAGGCACUGUGCUUAGUGUCACCAAAGUUCCUGUGCGCCUUUCCGGCCCCAAUCGUCACAGCGCUAUUCGAGGCUAUCGCUGCCGGGCCCGCGCUGGCCACACUCACACCCUCGGCAGUCACCUCACUGGUGUCCACUCUGAACACGUCGCCUUGCUUGAUCUCUAUCCUGCUCACACCCCUGCUGACUGCUUUCCUAGCGUACCUGUCGGCCAACCCGUUCCUGCUAAGCAACACACCGAGACCUGCACUGCUCACAUUGAUUCAAAACGUACAAUCUUCUGGAACCAUUCCCCGUGUCAUGGUCCCAGUCGGAAUCGGUCUUCCAAGCGUAGCGAUCAGUCGUUUCGGCGAUGUCACAGGCAACGGCGAUAGCAGUAGUUCUUCGGCCGAUUCGCAAAUCACCCCUACCGGAAACAAUACAGAAAAUUCUAAUACCCUUCCAAACCCAAUAAUAGUUCAUCCGGAAAACGUGAAUGGAACACCUACGGUAUGGAGUUUUCCGAAAAAUCGAUAA